CAAUCGCCGACAGUCUAUCGAUAGUUGUGCGUAAAUAUGUUUUGCACGUGUUGCAUUUGAAAGAAUAGUGUCCGUAAACAAAAGUGUUUUCUCCUCAUAUUAAUUCAGCUGAGCGCAAAUGAAGUGAAUGGUUAUUGAGUGCAAACUGUGACAAAAUGGCAGCGUUAGCGGAAAAGACGAAAGACACCAACACAUUUCGGUUCAAAUCUUUCGGGGAUCGGGUGAAUGAGAUUGACCUGCGGCACUUGGCCCUCUACCACAUCGGCCACCGGAACGAGGAGCUCGACGAGGAGGAGAACGCCACCUACUUUCAGCAGACCAUCCAGAAAUGGAACGUGCUCAAUCUCACCGAGGAGUACAACCACUUCAGCAAGAGAUGCCGCAAGAUAGUCACCCUGCCGCAGCUGCUGCACCAGAAGGACUUUGUGGUGGACCUGCUGCUGGAGCGCCUGGCCACCGCCACCAAUCUGUCCCAGCAGCCGCUGCUCGAGCUGCUCUACGUCCUGGCCAGAGAUCUGCGCGAGGAGUUCUACCCCUACUUCCAGCGCGUCCUGGACCGGCUUAUCUGCCUGCUCAACACCCAGGAUGCGGAGCAGCUGGAAUGGACACUGAUCUGCCUGGCUCACCUGUUCAAGACCCUCAAGCCGUAUCUAAAACGCAACAUUGGCGUGGUCUUCAACGCUAUUCUGCCGCUCCUCGAUGAGCAGCAUUAUGCCGAACAUGUUACCAACUUUGCCGUGGAAUGCUUCGCAUACAUAGCGCGCGAUGUCCGGGACUUCCCGCGCUUCCUGACCUUCGUGCUGCAGACCGUGCUGCGAGAGCAGGUGGAGAGUGUCCAUGGCUGUGGUCGGCUCAUCUACGAAAUCCUGCGCGGCGUCAACGGACAGCUGCACAACUCGGCGGCCGAGAUUUUCGCCCAUGUUCUGGAAGUGCUGGCCAACAAGGCAUCGGCACACACAGUGGCGCAGACAGAGCUUUUGGGCGACAUUGUGGAGUAUUCCUUGGGACUUUUGCUCAACUUCCUGCGCUCAGACCAAAGCCACGUCCUAUGGCAAAAGCUCUGCUCGGCUGCCAGCAGUGAGAGUGCGGAUGUACUGCGGCUGAUCAAUCUAAUGCUGCCCCUGGUCACCCAUAAGGACGGACGCUAUGUCGCCGAGCUUCCGCUUGUGGUCUCCACUCUGCUGAAACUGCUGGAGCGCGAAGUGGAUCCCUUGCAGCCGUUGACCACCUUGGUCACCAGUCUGCUGAAGGCCCAGCACGCUCAGCUUAGCCAACUGGAUGCCAGUCGCCUGCUGCAAAAGCUUCUGAGCACAAGUCGCAAACAUGUGUCGGUGUACGAAGACUCCAUUCUGCAGCUACUGGACUAUCCGCAAUUUGAGAUUCUGGUACUGCCCAAUGCAAUUGGACACUACGAAGAGCAGAGACACACCAGAGCGCUGGAGCUACUGGCUCGCAUUGUUCAGCACAAACGGCCCCUGCAAGUGGAUGGCAGUUCGUUGGCCCAAUGGGUGGCCUAUCCCGUGCAGCUCAAGCAGAAGGAGGCCAUUAAGAUGGUGGAGCAAGAGCUACUCAAUUUGGACUUGAACAGGGAGGAUCAUCUACAUCUGCUCAUCUUGGCGCCCCAUUUGAGGGGAUUUAGCAAGCAGCCUUUGGAGCAAAGAUUGCAAUCAGUCAUCCAGAAACUGCUGAAGGAUGGCGAUAAGGAUUUCACCCAGCUCCUUUUGCUACUACAAACACAUGCCUUGCUCAAAUUUAACCUGCCCCAGAAACUGCGAUCUAGCGUUAGCGGGUACUUGAUCCCAGAACUGGGAAAAGACCUUCGAGCUUUGGCCUGCUUGCAGCUGCUUCUUCUGGAAACCCCUAAGAACGAGCUCUCCGCCUCGGAGGAAUUACUUUCGGCCAUUUCGAGUCUUCUAAGCCAACCUCUGUCGCAGUACAGACGCAUAGCUGCCCACUGCUUAGAUGUGCUAAACUCCUCGAACAAAACCAAUCCGUACUCCUACUUUUAUGCCGCCGCCUGCAUCGAACCCACUGUCCACAACUACCGCGACUUGCUCCUCCAGUUGCAGCAGCUGGAACCCGCUGCUGCUCAGUUCAAGCAGUUCUCCCAGUUGCCACACUUCAAGGAACACUCCGUGAGCCUCCUGCUCGGCCUGCUCUACAACAAUUUCAAGUUUGUGUGGGCCCCGGUCCAGCAGCUCCUGGCUGCCUACGCCAAAACGAUGACAGCAGACGAGUUCUGGAGUCCGUUUAGGGCCAAGUUGCUGGACACUGUCGCCUGCAUAGACUACAGAAGGGAGGUGACCACGUUGCAAGAGCCAUUUCAAAGGAACUAUCAGUCGGCGGCGCUGACAAUGCUUCUUCCUCUGGCCGCAGAACCCCAGUUGACGCUGCAACAGGCCCUCAACUACCGCCAGCUCCUGUGGCAAAGCCUUCCCAAGUUGGGAACACUCGCCGAGGUGAAGAAUGCUGACUUGGUGCGGAUGUUUUUGCAGUUUUUGGAGCAGGAGUACCGUGCACAGUUGGAGAAAUCGGAGCAUACUUGGAAUGUAAACGAGGCUACAGCUGCUGAUCUGGAGGCAGAUGACGAUGAUGAGAAUGAAACAAAGCCGGAGCAACGAGGCCGCCAGAAGAGGAGAACGCACAAUGCCCACACCAAGUUCAUACUGCAAACGCUGCAGCUGAAACUGGCCUGUUUUGUCUCGCAGCCCAAUCCCAAGGCUCUGCAUCGGCAGGCCGAGAUGCACGACUUCUAUCUGGAGCUGCUGGCCGGCCCGAAUGCCCAGUUGCAACAGUUGGCGCUGGACUGCCUGGCGGCCUACAAGCAGCCAGCGGCACUGGUUCAGCAAAGAGCCCAACUGUCGGGUCUGAUCGAUGAGGAGAAGUUCAAGACAACGCUCAGUGGCUUCGAACUGGCCAGCAUGCCGGCACAGCAGAGGUCGGAACUGAUGCCCUUCAUGCUGCGUGUACUGUACGGCAAAAUGCUGACCAAGGGUGUCCAGAAACAACUGAGUGCACAGCUGCGAAAGACCCUGAUCCUGCGAUUCCUGGGCCAACUGGAGGAGUCUGAGAUUAUGGAUUUUCUGAGAAUGGCCUUUGGCAAGUUUACUGUCUACACUGACAAACCGGUUGACGAGGUGGCCAAGUACGUUCGAGACUCGUACGAUCCAUCAGCUGUGAUUGCAGCCAAGCAGUUGCAGAGGAUCGUGAAUCUAUUGGAGCUCAUUCGAAAGGAGUUCGCCGGCAAGCUGUCGGCAGACUUCCAAUGCUACGUACUGAAAUUGCUGCUGCUUGUGGGCAGCGUCGCCCAGGAAGUCAUGAACGGAGAGGGAAAACUAGUGGCUGCCUACAAGAAUGUGAAGCAUUCGGGUCUGCAGACACUUGUCAACUACUUUGGUCAACUGGUGGACAUGGAGGAGCUGUGGCAGGAGCCCGAGAUGAACGCCAUUUGUGAGGUCUACCUCUGGCCAAGCAUCGCCCGCCUUUCGCAGGACUCCAUUCACACGCCCACACCGAUGCUGAAGUUGCUGCUUUUGUGGGGCGCAGAACCGCGCUACCAGAAAUGGUUGAACAGGAGUCCUUCUUCCGAUGAACUUCCCAUCAUGCACCAUUUGAUGGCUCUGCUGCUAAACGACAGAGCCAAGACCAAUGUGAAGCGAUCCCUUUUGCAGGUAGUGGAGCAACUCCUGGAGGCGGCUGCCACCGAGGAGUACGGCGCCGAGGCCCUCGCCAUUGUGCAUCCCCACAUUCCGGCCAUCCUGCAGCAGCUGCAGAGCAGUUGGCGCCACAAGAAGGCCGGCCGGCAGACGCUUGACAAGCGGGAACUCAACAUUCUAACGCUUAUAACCACGCAUGUGGAGGAGCCAGCUACGUGCGAGCUGCUGCUGGAGGUAGUCCUGCCCAUAUUCACCAAGCAGGCGGCUUCAGCUGGCCCGGAGACAGUUGUUCAGCUAGUGACCACGUUGUCCAACCUGUUGAAACGUGUCGCCAGACCGCAGGAUUAUGUCCGUCCACUGGCUCCGCUUUUCGAGCAGGUUAACGUGCUGCCUGCUAGGAAACUACUCUGCGAACUACUGGCGGACAUGGCAAAACGGCUGCACAAGGAGGCGAAACAGAACUCGGCACUGGCCUCCACUGCCGCUUCCCUGCGGGAGUGGGUGAGGAUUGUGCUGCUCCUGAAUGCCUGGGACAAGAGGUGGCUGGAGCAGCCGGACUACGACAGACGUUUGGAGGGUCUCUCGGAGCUCAAGCAGUUGGUCGAGCGGAAGGACAAGAAGAUAGACAUGCAGCUAGGUGUCCUGGUGGUCUACAACUGUUUCCAUAUGCUGCGCCACGACUCGGACCUGGGCAUGAGAGUCAACAUAGGGGAACUGCUGAAGCCCCUGCUGCCGUUGAUCACCCUGCAACUGGAGGUCAAGGAGGAUAAGCACUUCUGGCUGGAGGAGACGGUGCUGCCCCUGUUACAGCGCUGUAUGCGGGAUGAGAAGCACGAGCAUGCGAGGAGCGAGGCCAUCGGCUUGCUGGGCGAACUUGCGCGCCAAUGUCCAGCUGCACACGAGAUCCUGAGGGAUCUUUCGCCACUGGCGGAUAAGCACGACCUGGAGGUGGACUUCUUCGAAAACAUGCUCCACCUGCAGACCCAGCGACACGGUCGCGCCCUCCAGCGCCUGGUGAACAUCUCCGGCGGCAUCUGGAGACAGGCGCCGCCCUGUGCCCGCACCCUCACCCAGUUCCUCCUGCCGCUGGCCACUCGCUAUCUGAUGAGCGAAAAGCACGCCGGCAAGCACACGCUGGUGGACGCCGCCAUCGAGGCCGUGGGGGUGAUGGCCGAACUCCUGCCCUGGACACAGUACCAGGCCGUUCUCCGCUACUACCUCCAGAAACUGAGACAUGCCCAGGGCCAGCAGAAGCAGUGCGUCCGACUGGUGGUUCGCAUCCUGGACGCCUUUCACUUUGACUUGACCCAGGCGCAAACGGAUCUCGCCACGCUGGCCAAGCUCAAGGAAAGGCUGGCCGCGGAAACGAAGGAACCCGCCGAAGGGUCAGAGGAAAACAAAGCGGAGGAUGACGACGCCGAUGCCGAUGGCGAUGGCGAUGCCGAAGAGAAACCCUUGAAAAAGGAGGAGGAUCAGUCGGACUUUAUUGAUUUCGAGGAAGAGGAGGCGAGUGCACCGGUGGUGGAGCAACAGCGCACACAACUGCUAGCUCCCAAUGCGGCCAAGAAGGUCAUGGUGACCAUUACGACGGUGUUGCUGCCAACCCUCAACCGCUCCAUCACCGAAAAGACCAACUACGACACCAAGCACAAGGUGAACCGUCGACGACUGAGCUACGAGCGCGAGGAGGAGGAAAUCCAGCGGGUGCCCAUUGCCCUGGCCAUGGUGAAGCUGCUGCAGAAGCUUCCUUUGGAGCUACUGGAAAACAGUCUGCCUGGAAUCUUCAUGAAGGUCUGCACUUUCCUGCGAUCUCCUUUGAAAUCCGUUCGAAUGCUGACCCGUGACAUUCUCAAGAAGAUUAUGAUCACGUUGGGUGGCAGUUACUUGGGCAUGCUGCUGGAGCAGCUACAAUCCCUGCUCACCAGGGGAUUUCAGGUGCACGUGCUCUCCGUGACACUUCAUGGCGUCUUGGAUGCCCUGAGGGGCAGCCUGCAGCCAGACCACAUUGAGAAAUGCAUGCAGAACCUGCUGGAAGUGGCCCUCAACGACAUAUUCGGCGAUGUGAGUGCCGAGAAGGAGGUGGACAAAAUCGUGGCCCACACGCCAGAGGCCAAGCCAAGUGCGAAGAGUUACCUCACGCUUCAGAUAGCCGCUCGUCACAUUCGGGACAAUUGUUUGCUGGACCUGCUGCUGCCCUUCAAGGAGCACCUGGCCCGAUCCCAUUCCCGCAAGGUGACUCAGAAGAUUCAGGAGUGCUUUGCCAAAAUCGUGGGUGGCCUGGUAGAGAACACACACAUCGCCAGGGAGAGUCUCCUGAUCUUCAUCUACGGCACGAUGUCGGAGAGCAUCAGUGACCUUCUGCCAGGCACUCAAAAGCGCCAGCUCACUGAUAAAGAGCAGGCACUGAUGAAGAGGACCCGUCCCGACUGCCUGAUCCUUCAACCAGCGCCGGGCAGACGCAGUGUAGCCACCGGCAACAAGCAAGUCAAGUCGAAUGCCCAGGCCAAUGCGCACAUACUGGUGGAAUUCGGACUGGAGCUCCUUCAUUUCGUUUUGAAGCGCAAAAAGCUAUCGGAUCUGGACUACCAGCCCUUCCUGCAGCCCCUGCUGCCACUCCUGAAGGAUUCAUUGAGCAGCAAUCACGCCAGGACCACCACCUAUGCCCUAAAGUGCUACACAGCCAUCUGGUUGGGAGAGUACGAGCUCUCCGAACUGAACACCGAGACCCUGCAGCCGGUGGUUAGACGCAUGUUCGAGAUCCUCAAGAACUUCUCGACCUUCGGAGCCACGCGGCAGGAGGAGAACGCUCAGCUGGUCAGGGCGAGCUUCAAGGCGGUGGUGGCCCUGCUGCGCAAGUGCCAGGACUACCAGCUCAGCAACGAGCAGAUCGAGCAGCUGCUGCUGCACAUCGAGCAGGAGCUGCAGGAGGGCGAGUGCAGCAGCCAAACCAUGGUGUUCACCCUGCUCAAGGCGCUGGUGGGUCGCAAGGUGGACAGCCGCUCGCUGCACGACCUGAUGAAGCGUCUGGGAGACCUCGCCAUCGUCUCGCCCUCGGACUAUGUGCGAGACGAGUGCCGUGGCAUCCUGCUCACCUACAUGAUGGAGUACACGCUGCGCCAGAAGGUGGACCAGUUGGUCAAGUUCAUGUCUGUCCAGCUGUGUUACAGCCAGACCGCUGGUCGCCAGUCGGCCAUCCAGUUCAUGCACUCCGUCAUCAACAAGUUCCCGCAGCUGAUGCUGGCCAAGCAAUCCGAGUUCCUGUACCUUUCCCUGGGCACUCGACUGGUCAACGACGAGGACCCCGCCUGUCGCCGCAGUGUGGCCGCUGCCCUGGAAGCUCUGAUCGGACGGCUCACCAAACUGGAGCGGAAGCCACUGCUGGAUCUCACCCUGCUGUUCUUCACCUCGCCACAGGCCAGCCAGAAGCCAGGAGUCCGCGAAAUGGCCGCUGCUCUGCUCUCGAGAUUCGUCCAGGCGGAGAAGGCUGGCUUUGCGGAGCGAUUGCCCCUGGUUCUGCCCACGCUGGUGAACGUUCUGACAUUGGGUGACGCGGAGGCGGGCGGCAGAUUUGUGCGGGCUCCGGGAAAUCUGUCUUCGGCGGUGGAUGAAACCGAUGUGCAUAAAAAGAAAAAGCGAAAGAAAUUCGAAACCACGCCCGAUGAAGAACUCCUGCUCGGUGGUCUCGACAAUGAAUCGCGUUUGGAGCAGCAGCAGCGCAAAGUUGACCAUCAGGUCAUCCAACUGCAGUACUGUCUGCUCAAGAUCUUCGAGCAUUGCGGGGAGUGCGUAGUCAGCAAUCCGGAGCUAUGCGACACCAUUGAUGAACUGGCCUACGGCUGUCAGCGUCUGCUGGGACACGAGCACAACUGGGUUCGCUGCAAUGCAGCCAAACUGCUUACCCACAUCCUGGCUCACUACGAUUACACCUAUGUGGGCCAACAGCUGUCCGGAAUCAAGAGGGAAGAAGGCGCCGAGCAGAGCCUGUACUUUAUUUAUGCCCAGCCUGCCGAGGAUAUAAAAUCGCUGGUGUUGGAUCUGUGUGCCCAGGUCACGCCGGGCGAAACUGCCCAGGAAAUGGUGGACGAACUGUCGAAGAUUCUGUUGUACAUUGGACACAUGCUGAGGGAUGUUCCCUUUAGCCUGAAGCAGGAGAAGGAUGCCGAUGAGGGUGAGGGUGAGGAACGGGAGCCGGUCAACAAAAUAAACCUUAACUGGCUGCUGCGGAACAUACGUUUCCUGAUCAACAAAGAAGUGGCCAAGGCGCCCCACGACACCAGCAUACGAACUGCCAUGUUCACGCUUAUCGAGGCUCUGUCCACGCUGCUCAGCGUGGAGUCCGUAACCCGAUUGGCGCCAUCGCUUCUCCAGGCCCUGGUUCGCGAAAUGUCCGAGGAGGAUCAGAAUGUGGAUGCGGAUUUGCGCCAGCAAGCUCUCCGUGUGGGCAGUCGCCUGAGGAAGCGCAUCGGAGCCGAUAUCUAUGACAAACUAAGGAAUUCGGUGCAGACCAAGCUCAUGGUCCGCCGUGCCGAGCGUCGCAAGGUUGUGGCCCAGGAGAAGAUCCAUGAUCCCGAGCGGGCGGCCAAGCGAAAGGCUGGCGUGCAGGAGCGCAAGAAGGCAGCGAAGCGCCUGAAGGCAGCUGUCGUCCGCGGCAAAGCGCCGGACACUAAGCAGAAGCUUAAGAAACGGAAACGGAAGGCAGAAAUGGAUGGAUUCUAAUUAGUUAGUCGGUUGUUUAUUGAACUAAGUUUUUUUCUAAGUAAAAACGGAUAUAUACCGGAAAUUGUAGUCAGCCUAAGCAAAUUGUGGAAAAUAUACAUGCCGUUAAUGCAAUAAUUCUUUUAA